AGAUGUCUUACCUGGAAAGAUCUUUAAAUAUUGGGCUCGACAAUAAACUUCCAUUUGUUAAUGUUGAUAAAUGGUUUCAGGUCACAGUUCAUAAGCGCAAUAAGCAAAUAGUUCUCCAUAAGGAUAGUGUUGACUAUUUAGACAUUCCAUAUGUGUUUUUUUAA